UUUUUUGUUUAACUCAUAAUAAUACUCUACUUUAGGCCAAAAAUUAUAUUAAUAUCCACACAUAAAGCUUCUGCCUUUCCUUCCUGCAAUAAUUUCUGAAAAGGAAUAUCCAAUAAAAAGCCUUUUUUUUUUUUUUGCCUUCUUGGUGCAAACAAAGAGAAGCUGGAAGCGGGUGGGAGGAUUCGAUGAGAGACAAGGAAGAGAUGAGGUGGAGGAGGAGGAAGAUGGUGGUGGAACUGGUGGCCAUUCUGGGCUGCAUUCUCUUCCUCUCCCCUGCACCCAUUAAUGCCGACACAGAUCCGAAUGAUGGUCACUUCCUCCUCUUAUUAACCUUUUCUACUAAGGCUCCUUCACUUUCAUUUCACGCAGUUUUAUGCUUUUCUUUUCUUUCCUUUUUUUUUUUGGGGUUAUGUCGGUUACUCGUUUUCCUUCAUUUACUGUUAGCCAGCUUCAAUUGAUGGUAAAAGAGUGGCAUUGUGUGUUUGUUGUUUUCCUCUUUUGGGCGGGUCUCACUCUUGUUGUUUGUGGUGGAAAAGAAAUGUUGCUUGAUUGUCUUUUCCUUCUUUCUUUGGAGCUGAUUCUUGAAAUGGGAUUUUGGUUUUGCUGGAUUUGGAAUUUGAGGAAUGGGUAAAGAUCACUUCAAUUUAUCAUGCUUUGUUUUGCUUUUGCUUUCCUUUUUUAUUUUGAGUUUUGGCGUUUUAGUGGUAGUUCAAGGUAUAAUGAUGGUGGAUUAGUCGUUUUGACUAGCUGAUGUAAUAACAAUAAUUCUGAAAAGGCUUCAGGUUGAUUUUUAAGUCUCCCUACUGAAUAACCUUGAUGGUUCCGUAAACAAUGGCGUCUUGCUCUUGGUUUGAUUGUACCACGAAAUGCGUGUGUAAUGUUUUGUUGUAUUUUUGAUGGGUUGGUCUUUUAUUUUUUUCUUUUGUUGUAUUGUUCAUACCUACUAUAAAAGCACGAUCACUUCACUUUUGUUACAAUACUUCUCUGAUUGUUGUAAUGUUAACUCAUUAUUCUGGCUACUUUGUUUGCACAGUAUCUGCUCUCACGGAUCUGUACAGGAGUUUGAACUCUCCGCCUGCACUAAGCAAAUGGAAUGCCAAUGGCGGCAAUCCUUGUGGAGAAUCCUGGAAAGGCAUUAAAUGCUCUGGUUCAAGGGUCUCAGAAAUGUAAUUUUUGAGCCAUAUCCUUUCCCUAUGUAAUUCUUGGGCCCAGCUUCUGGUUUUGAGUUUUAUUUUGCUGUGAUCAGUGAUUUAUCAGGUCUUGGAUUGUCUGGUUCGUUUGGUUUUCAGCUUGACAAAUUGACAUCGCUGACGAAGUUUGAUGUUAGCAACAAUAACUUUGCAUCCCAGUUGCCUUACCAACUACCGCAAAAUGUGGAGCAUCUAAAUUUAGCCCAUAAUGGCUUCACCGGUCAACUUCCCUACUCUUUCUCCCAGAUGACUUCUCUUAAGGACAUAGAUGUCAGUCACAACCAGUUUCAAGGUCAAGUAAACGUCAUGUUCAGCGAUCUUAAAAGCCUCUCAAAGCUGGAUUUUUCAUUCAAUCAAUUGUCGGGAGAUCUUCCUGGCACUAUGAGUUCUCUGACAAGCAUAAAGGAGAUGUACUUGCAGAACAAUCAGUUUACGGGCACUAUUGACGUUCUCGCAAAUCUUCCCCUGGAUACUCUGAAUGUCGAGAACAACCGUUUCACUGGCUGGAUUCCUGGUCAGUUGAAAGGCAUAAACUUGCGGUCAGGUGGUAAUUCGUGGACAAAUGGUCCGGCGCCACCUCCUCCUCCCGGAACACCUCCUACACCUGGCAGGAAGCACAAGCCUGGAGGCAAUGCUAAUCAGUCUGACAACAGUAGCGGUGGAAAAUCAGGCAUUGGUGGCGGGGGUAUUGCAGGAAUUGUGAUUUCCCUUCUAGUCGUUGGAGCCAUUGUAGCUUUCUUUAUUGUUAAGAGACGGUCAAGGAGACCAACUCCGGAUAUAGAGAAGCAGGACAAACAGCCUUUUGCUCCUCUUGCUUCACAGGAAGUGCAAGAAAUGAAAUCUGUUCAACCUCCUUCAACCGCUGGCACUAAAACAUUUGAAACUCCUGCUGUGCUAAAUCUCAAGCCUCCUCCUAUCGACCGUAACAAAUCCUUCGAUGAAGAUGAUGUCGCUGUGGUGGCUCCGAUUGUUACUCCUAGGAAAGCUGUCACAAUUCCGAUAGAGGCUAAGCAAUACUCAGUAGCAGACCUACAAAUGGCAACAGAUAGCUUCAGUGCUGAAAACCUUAUUGGCGAAGGAUCAAUUGGGCGUGUUUAUCGAGCUGAAUUUGAUGACGGAAAGGUUCUGGCGGUAAAAAAAGUAAAAGCAUCGGCUCUUCCCAAUUCUGAAGAUUUUCUAAAUAUAGUUGCUGGUAUAUCUCGUCUUCAUCACCCAAAUGUGACUGAGCUGGUUGGUUACUGUUCGGAGCAUGGACAGCAUUUGUUGGUUUACGAGUUCCAUAAAAAUGGCUCACUCGGUGAUCUCCUACAUUUAUCGGACGAGUACAGCAAACCACUUACAUGGAAUACCCGUGUCAAGAUUGCUUUGGGAACUGCACGUGCUUUAGAGUAUCUACACGAAGUUUGUUCACCAUCGGUAGUUCAUAAAAACUUUAAAUCAGCUAAUAUCUUACUUGACUUGGAACUCAAUCCUCACCUUUCUGACUGUGGAUUAGCUAGCCUUAUCAACGACGCGGAUCUGGGAUCUGGGUACAGCGCACCCGAGGUUUCCAUGUCUGGUCAAUAUACCAUAAAGAGUGAUGUUUAUAGUUUUGGAGUGGUUAUGUUGGAACUUCUUACUGGAAGGCAAGCAUUUGACAGCUCAAGAACAAGAUCCGAGCAGUCUUUAGUUCGUUGGGCAACCCCUCAACUCCAUGACAUUGAUGCUUUGUCUAAGAUGGUUGAUCCAGCACUCAAAGGGCUGUAUCCUGUGAAAUCUCUUUCUAGGUUUGCUGAUGUGAUUGCCCUGUGUGUCCAGCCCGAGCCCGAAUUUCGGCCGCCAAUGUCAGAAGUGGUCCAAGCGUUGGUCCGGCUAGUGCAGCGAGCAAACAUGAGCAAGAGAACAGUGGGGAAUGAACAAAGCUCAUCAGCGCGCUCUAACCACUCUGACGAGCAAGAGUAG